UAAUUACAAAGUGCAGCGGUGACAACAGUUAUGAAUUGUGAAGUCGUUUCCAGUCGUGAAACACGGCGUCGGUGCGCCGGCUGCUGUUGCGCUGGAUAGUGAGCGUCGUGACGCGGCAGCGGGCUUGUGUCCGGAAGUGGCCUCGGUGCUGCGGAGCUGAAUGAGGAGCCACGAGUCCGAGUCCGUGUUGUCGUUGUAGGAGUGGAGCAAUGACUUGAACCAUGAGUUAAUUAUGGAACCAGAAAACACCGAAAUAAAAGAGAGCCGCGGGCAAACAAAACCGACUGGUGUGCGGAUGACUCUCAGCGGUGUCCAUGUUCAGAGUGAGUUGGCUGAUUGAAGACAGGGCUCCUGUGAAUCCUGGCCAUGGAUAGAGAGUUGACGCCUUUGGACUGCCUGCUACCCUCAGGCUCGCUGAGGAUCUGUCUGAUCAUUCUCAACCAGCCUCUGGAUGUGGACUACCUGCACGUCCUCUGGAGUAAAGCUCUCUUGAGGGCAUGUGCUGAUGGAGCUGCCAAUCACCUUUAUAACACCACCGCCGGGGAUCGGGACAGCUUCCUCCCUGACUAUAUCAGUGGGGAUUUUGAUUCCAUUACGACCAAGGUCAAAGCCUUCUAUGCCUACAAGGGCUGCAAGCUGAUGGAAACAGCUGACCAGGAUCUAACGGACUUCACCAAGUGUCUUGCAAUCAUGCUGGAGGAGAUCCAGAGAAGACAGUUGCAGGUGGACGCCAUAGUGACUCUGGGUGGUCUGGCAGGCAGAUUUGACCAGACCAUGGCAUCUGUGGAGACACUCCACCAUGCUCUGCACAUGACACAGCUGCCCGUGUUGAUGGUACAGGGGACAAGCCUGGCAUAUCUACUCAGACCCGGCAGCCACAGACUAGGAGUGAACACAGGCCUGGAGGGGGACUGGUGCAGCCUCAUCCCAGUAGGUGGACCGUGCCAAACAAUCACCACCGGACUCAAAUGGAACCUGGAUAACCAGGUCCUGCAGUUCGGGAAGCUGGUGAGCACCUCCAACGCCUUCGAGACCGUUGCCCCUGGAAACCCCAGGAUGCCUGUAACUGUGACCACAGACCAGCCGCUACUUUGGAGCAUGGGCAUCAGUAAGAGUAGGGAAUAGCACGGGAAAGAUGUGUAUUCUCGGUUAGUAUGAUUUAAUUGUUCAGCAGAUUUCCUACAGCAGUGCUACUUUUAUACAGUGUGUAGUAGAAG